AUGUCUGCAGGAACAAAGCACGCCCGGGAUGAUGGCGAGGAGCAGGCUGCCCGGCAGCCCAAAAAAGCCAAGACCGACUCCCCAGAGGCCGCCACUGAUGAGGACAAGGAGGAGAAGAAGAAGACGAAGAAGGAAAAGAAGAAGGAAAAGAAGGAGAAAAAGUACAAGAAGCAGCCCAAGGAGUCCAUCUUGACCCCGACCUCGACCAGCGACGCAUCCGCUGAGCCCGAACAAGCUGAACCCGAAUCUGCUGAGCCCGAGUCCACCGAGACCACCGAGCCCAAGCAGAAGAAGGAGAAGAAGGAAAAGAAGGACAAGAAGGAGAAGAAACAGAAGAUCAAGGUCGCUUCAGAGGGCUCUGAUCACACCCUGGAUAAUACAACCGAGAAACACACCCCCGGCUCGUAUAAGCAAGCCGCCGCCCUCGAUGCCGUCCCAGAGACGGAGAUCCAGGCAUUCCUCUCAAAGGCAGAGAUAUCCGUGUCAGACCCUUCGGCCACUUCGUCCUCGGCUGCUACUUUCCGACCACUCCUGCGGUUCGACUUCCUGCCCCGCUCAACGUUGAUCUCGAAGAAGCCAUUUGCCACAUUCACCACUCCGACCCCGAUUCAAUCCGCCUCGUGGCCAUUCGCCCUAUCCGGAAGAGACGUCAUCGGCGUCGCCGAGACCGGCUCCGGCAAGACCCUCGCGUUUUCCCUUCCCUGUGUCGAAGCCCUCUUCGCAUCGUCAACCGAUUCAAGCCCCUACGGUUCCAACAAGGUCACCCACGCCCGCGCCGUCAUCGUCUCGCCGACGCGCGAGCUCGCCAUGCAGACUCACGCCUCCAUCUCGACGCUGGCGGCCCUGGUCGGCCUGUCGGCCGUGUGCAUCUACGGCGGGGCCAGCAAGGACGACCAGCGGACGCUGCUGCGGCGGAACAAGGGCGCCGACAUCAUCGUCGCGACGCCGGGCCGCCUCAAGGACUUCAUGAGCGAGGGCUGCGUGUCGCUUUCCAAGGCCAAGUUCGUCGUGCUCGACGAGGCCGACAGGAUGCUGGACAAGGGCUUCGAGGAGGACAUCAAGAUGAUCCUCAGCGACUGCCCGCCGCGCGAGCAGAGGCAGACGCUGAUGUUCACCGCCACGUGGCCGGCCAGCGUGAGGGGCUUGGCCGAGGGGUUCAUGGUCAACCCCGUCAAGAUCACCAUCGGCGGCAAGCCGAAAGGCGAUGGAGAUGGCGGUGAGGACGACGGCGUGGUCGAGCUGCAGGCCAACAACCGCAUCACCCAAAAGGUCGAGGUUAUCGACCCGCGCAGCAAGGAGCAGAGGGUGUACCAGCUCGUCCGGGAAGCCCAGCAGGGCAAGGCAAAGAACGACAGGGUCCUGGUCUUCUGCCUGUACAAGAAGGAGGCCGUGCGCGUCGAGCAGUCGCUCCAGUGGAAGGGAAUCAGCGUGGCCAGCAUCCACGGCGACCUCAAGCAGGAGCAGCGGACGCGGAGUCUCGAGGCAUUCAAGGCCGGCACGACGACGGUGCUGGUUGCCACUGACGUUGCCGCGCGAGGACUGGACAUUCCCGAGGUCAAACUUGUGAUCAAUGUGACGUUCCCCUUGACCAUCGAGGAUUAUGUCCACCGUAUCGGCCGAACCGGGCGAGCGGGGAAGCUGGGCAAUGCCCACACGCUCUUUACCGAGCACGACAAGGCCCACUCCGGAUCAUUGAUCAACAUCCUCAAGGCCGCAAACCAGCAUGUGCCGGAUGAGCUGCUCAAGUUCGGCACGACGGUGAGGAAGAAGGCCCACGACACUUAUGGUGCCUUCUACAAGGAUAUCGACAUGAGCAAGAAGGGCACGAAGAUCACGUUUGAUUGA